AUGCUCUCCUCCGUCUGGUACUCCGUAUAUCAACCUCUCCGCCGCCCCCGCCUCCGCCACCUCCUCCGCCGCCACCUUCGCCAUAGCCUCGUCGUUCGGCGCCAGCACCGUCACCACGUAACCUUCCGACACCAGCCGACCCAUCUCCGCCGCCACCGACGUCAGGUUCGCCAGCAUGUCCGCCACCUCGCCGUACCCGCCGUACCGGAGGAGGGUCGCGAUGAAGUCCUUCACCUGACUCUCGCCGUCGAAGUGCCCGCGGGGCCCUCCGGGCCCUGGAGCCGGCGCCGGCGCCAGGGAGGGGCCUGGGGCCAUGGCGUCGUAGAUGGGGAGGGCGGGAGGGGAGCCGGCCGGAGCCAGAGGCGCCGGCCGGCGGAGGCGGUGUGUGCGCGGGUCGACCUCCGGCGCGGACGAAGGGAGGACGGCGGCGACGGCGCGGAGGCUACGACGGGCGUUGAAGGCCUGCUGGACGGAUUUCGGGACGAGGAGCCUGUCCACGCCGUGGAUGACGCCGUCCGGCCGGAGGACGUCGUCGAAGCGGACUACCCGGGCCGACCCGGCGGACAACUCGCCGGACUUUGA